GCCGUGCCCAUGCGGCCGUAAACUUCUGUGAGUGCAGGGACACAACGUGGAGUACCUGCAGCCACACCUUUUGCGACCAAUCAAAUGGAUUUUGAGGAGCCUAUUGGUAGCCAACCAGAUUCAUCUGCAGAUGCAGAUGAAUCGGUGCAUGAGGACUUAGAGGAUCAUGCGAAUGUUGGAGGGAAGAAGUGUCGCGGUGAAGCAUGGGGUCGCGAGAUGACGUUUGCACUUAUUGAAGCGAAGCGUGUUGAGGCAGCUAAGAUUGCAGUUGACCCAGACUACGGCAAAUGGGACACGGCGCCGGUGAAGUGGGGGCGGAUAGCGGACACUGUUCGAGAGAUCUGCCCUCGGAGUGCUAAGAACUUCAAAUCGUGCAAGGACAAGUGGGGGGAUCUAUCGCGUGAUUGGAGGAAAAUUUUCGACUGGAAUAAAAAGACUGCCAGUGGCGAGGAGAAUUACUUCCACAUGUCAGUCCAGCGGCGCAAGAAAGAGGACUUGCUGACAAGAUUUAAGGCGGACCACUACACUGUCAUGCACUCUUUCCUUGCGAAAAAGGAGUCUGUGGCCGGCAACAGGGUCCUGGAUGCACACACGAGAAACAUGCGAGGUCCAUCCUCAGCCUCAGGUGGUGGGGACACACUUCCAUGGCCGCAGGCAUCAGAGGGUGAAACUAGUUCGCCUUCAGUGGGGCGACGUCCCAGGGAAGAUGCUGACGAUGGUCCAGGGAUGCUUGAAGUGUCAAAAGCUUUGACAACCAACACUGAUCGGAUAGCAGAGGCAGUGGAGAGGCAGGCGAAGACUGGGGAGACGCAAGUCCAGGUGCUUGAGAGGAUGGUUAACAUAGACGAGCGCCGACUUGAGAUGGAAGAACGUCGCUCAGUUGCAGAAAUGUCGAAUCAAGCCAAGCUAAUAGAUGUGUUUGCUAAACUUGCGGAGAAACUUUGAAGAGAGAGAGAGAGAGAGAGAGAGAGAGAGAGAGAGAGAGAGAGAGAGAGAGAGAGAGAUGCUGCCAGAAUGCUGUGUGUGUAUUGUUGUGAUUUUGAAUAACUGAAGAGCAACAAAUAGGCGGCUCAUUC